UUGGAGCACCUUGCACUCCAAGAGCAAGCCUCUCCUUUCUUGUGCAAAAUUUUGCACACGCCAUUGACGAUGACCCAAGAAAAGAAACACAAGAUUUUCCACACCUCACAACUAGCAUAUACCGUACUUAUAAGUAUCUCUCUCAUAGAGGUCUGAAACAGAGGAACAUCAAACCCACCAAUGACGUCCGUCCUCCGCCUCCUCCUCCUCCUCCUCCUCUCUCUCUCCCUCCUCCACCACUCUCUCUCCGCCACGGCAAACAAUUACAUCCACAAGAAAACCCACUUCAGGCCAGAACUCAUCUCUGACCUCUCCACCAAAACCCACCCCACCACAUUCUUCGAAGUAACCAAACCCAUCCAACUUCCCAAAACCAAACCAUGCUCCUACCUCCUCCUUCAACACGAUUUCGGCUACACCUAUGGUAGUCCACCAGUUCUUGCCAAUUAUACCCCUCCCUCAAAUUGCCCAUCUCAAAAUUUCGCCAAAAUUGUCCUCCAAUGGGAGGCUACAUGUAAAGGUACCCAAUUUGAUCGCAUUUUCGGGGUUUGGCUCGGCGGCGUGGAGCUUCUCCGGAGCUGCACGGCGGAGCCGACAGCCAGCGGAAUAGUUUGGACCGUAAAGAAGGACAUUACAAGGUAUUAUUCAUUGCUAAUGAAUAAUCAAACACUUGCUGUUUUUCUUGGUAACUUGGUCAAUGACGUGUACACUGGUGUGUAUCAUGCGAAGAUAACAAUCCAUUUCUAUCCUGCUGAAGUGAAUUCGGGUAAUUCAGUUAGUGGGUAUGGUUCUUCGGCUGAUUUGAUCAUUCCCAUUUCGCAAAAUAUUCCUUCGAAUGACGGGUUGUGGUUUCGCAUCGGAAAUUCGGCUGAUACAACGUCGAAAAAGUUCAUGAUUCCCCAAAAUGCAUAUAGGGCUGUGGUGGAAGUCUAUGUUUCAUUUCAUGAGAAUGAUGAGUUCUGGUAUACCAAUUUGCCGAACAACUUUAUUACCGCGAAUAAUCUAUCAAUGCCACUCCAAAACGGGGCUUUUAGGGAGGUUGUGGUCGCAUUGGACGGCAUGGAAAUUGGCGCGGUUUGGCCUUUUACUGUGAUCUAUACCGGAGGGUUUAAUCCCCUUCUGUGGAGACCUAUUACGGGGAUUGGAUCGUUUGAUCUCCCUUCCUAUGAUAUUGAAGUCACUCCCUUUCUGGGGACAAUACUCGAUGGAAAGACCCAUGAGUUUGCAUUUCGUGUGACGAAUGCCUUGAAUGUGUGGCUCAUAGAUGCCAAUUUGCAUGUUUGGUUGGACAAGGAGAGUGUAAAAACCGAAGGCCAGCUUUUGAAACACUCUGUAUUACCCGCUGUUGUGAGCCUGGUUUCUAACUUUACAGGUAUAAAUGGAAAUUUUCUGACGACGGUUAACAAAUCUGUGUCAUCAGUUGGAUGGGUGAAGUCGUCCCACGGAAAGAUCGCCACAAAUGCAAUCCAACUAUUCGAUUUCAGCAACUUUAUGGUGUUGGGGAAAGAUGGGGAUUUGCAGAUUGUCAACCAAAUAAUCAACUUCAAUGACAGUGUCGAUGCCAAGUCGUCGUCAUCUUUUUUCUCAACGAAGUCAUCCAAGAGAUUUCCUCUGUAUCUAUACUUGGAAGAUGUGGACAACGGAAAUGGAACUUUCUCUAUGGUAACGAAUUUGACAUUGGGUUAUAACGAGCAGGGGGUUAAGGAUGGCGGUUCUGGAUUCUCAGUUAGUUCUCUCAAGAAUUUGCAGAACGGGCAGAGUGUUCUGCUUCGAAAGGGGAAAUCGAUAGUCGCUGGAAGUUGGAGUACCCAGCAAGCCUACCAAUAUGGUGAUGGUAAAUUCUGCUAUUUCAGAAACGUAAGCAGCUCGAAUAGUGCUAUUCUGCACGAUGAGGAGGGAAAAACUUGUCGCAAGUAAUUUCCGGCUCCGAUAGAUUUUUGGGCUUGCCAAAUGGUGUCCUUUUCCUACUCAGCGGGUCGUUUUACCAUCUGCUUCUCGUGAUAAUAAGAAACAUCUCCUAUUUACUAGUAUUUCGUUACGCUUUCAUCAAUAAAUGGUUUAAUCUGGGUUCUCUUA